AUGAUACAAAAUUGGGAAACAAUUUUCACAAAAGAAUUGAAUCAAAGCAAUGAUGUCAUGAAUAGUAAGAAUAAUCACAAGAAUAAUAAAAUCGUAACCAAUGUUGAUGUCCGCAACAGGUGUGAGAUUAUGGAGAAAAACAUAUCCAUUAUAAACAAAAACAAUUAUUUUUUAGAUGAUUGUAAUAAACUAGAAAAAAGUGAUUCGUUAGAGUUAAGUGAAUGUUUUAAAUCGAUAACAAAUUUAAAUAUGAUUUCAAAUGAAACAAAUGGUUGCAUUGAAACUAAUGAUACAAUUGAUGAUCAAGUAUUAGAAACAAAAAGAUCGGAUAGUUUACAAACAGACAGUGGUAUCGAUAGUCAUACUAUAAAAGUGUUUAAUCACAAUCUUUUAUAUCGCAAAAGUAAAAGUUAUCCAAAUCUUAAAUUAUUAGACAAAAGUGACGACAAAUCAAUAAUUGGAGAAACAACUGGAAACUCAUGUUUUUCGGGACAAUAUAUUGACGACGAAAUUCCUGAUUAUAGCAAUUAUUUUGUUGGUAGAUAUGUGUCAUAUACAGGAUUGCUAAACAAUGAAAGACCCACAACAUAUGAUUAUAUUAAAUUUGAUGAUUUACUAGAAGAUGACCUAAAUUUAAAUUUAUAUCAAAAUACAGUUCAAGAUCUGGGUAUUUAUCCCGAAAAAUGCCAGGUGUUAGGCGCUGGAGCUUAUUAUGGACAGGUGUCGACAAAAGACGGCGGAAAAAGUUAUUUAGCGAUUGGCGUCCAAAGUGUAGACUCCGAUGAUGUGAUUGAGGCGUCGUUCACAUCAAUAGGUAAUUAUAAAUAUAGAGUACAAUAUCAAGUUAGACGACCUGGAUACUAUGUCAUCAUUGUCAAAUGGGGUGAUUAUAAUAUUGCAGACAGCCCUUUUAUUUGUAAAGUUACAUAUUAAUAUUUUUACAACAUUUAGACCUAAAAAAUA